AUACUACGUAUAUUAUAAUUUGUUUGAAACCUUCAGUGUGUUAUUAUCAGUAAUCUACAUAGUAACCAUGGUUCUGUGUUCUCUUAAACGUUUCCGAAUUGCCAUAUACCGAUUUUUGUAGCGACCAUAACAAGAUAACUUGCCGUAAUUGAACUUUGCGUUGUAGAUAUAAGAAAUGCAAAUCAGAUGAUAUCCUGCUUGCAUAAUCACGUGUAUGAUAAUGACAAUCGUAAACGGAAAAUCAUAGUUUGAACGUAUUCUGAAGUGAAAUGUGGUGGUGGAAGAGAGAAGUCCCUCAUCAUCUACCUUUGGCAGAAGGUUAUGAUUGAUUUUGAAAGCAGUGGUUGCUGUUAUUAGUUCGUUGUGCUAACGACCUAUUGUUCCAGGAUGUAGUGAUUUGAUGACAGAAUUUUCUCGUGAUGGCUGUUUUAUAAGACUCUUCUACCCAACUUCCUUGUCCCAUAUUAAGAAACAUUCAGCAAGAUGGAUUCCAUGGCUUGCAGAUGAUAUGUACUUUGAGGGAUUUGCUCGUGUACUGCAAAUAUGGAAGUUUUUGAUCAAGUUUGUUGUUUGGUUACUAGCAGGCAAUUGUCAUAUUCCGGCGGUGUGGAAUGCGGAUGUGAAACAAGAAGGUGGAAAACUACCAGUCGUUGUUUUCUCCCACGGCCUUGGUGCUACACGUUUCUUUUAUUCUUCUGUCUGUGUGGAAUUAGCAUCCCAUGGUUUUGUGGUAGCAGCAGUUGAACACAGGGAUAAAUCAGCUUCUGCGUCAUACUAUUACAAGUCAGAGGAUGGAUAUACUGAUGUGACACCUACGUGGAUGAAGUUUAAAGUGAUAGGUCUGGGACCUGGACACUAUGCAGCCAGGAAGAAGCAAGUAACAAAGAGGGUACAGGAAUGCAGGAAAGUGAUUGACAUAUUGGAAAAACUAAAUAGUGGAAUAUAUAUUGAGAAUGUUCUUGGCAGAGACUUCAAACUUGGACAGUUCAAGGACCGACUAAAUCUGACGAGCCUAACCAUGAUGGGACAUUCAUUUGGUGGAGCUACAGCCCUCCUAACUCUUGGCUGCGACUGUCGAUUGAAAUUUGGUGUAAUACUGGAUCCAUGGAUGUUCUCCCUGAAGGAAGAAUUAGAUCUACCAAACAUAAUUAAGCAGCCAUUACUGUUUGUCAAUACGGAGACAUUUCAUGUAGCAACAAAUUUCAAUGCUGUAAAGAGAUACACUGACAGUACACCAGAUGAGUGUGGAAAGCGGACUGUUUUCACGAUCAAAGGAACAACCCAUGAAAGUCAGGCUGAUACUCCACAUCUAGUGGGUUACUGGCUUAACUGGAAAAUGAAGAAACUUCCCCCAGUCAUAGCAUCUAGAAUAAACAACCAUCUUAUCUUGGAUUUCUUACAAAAAAAUAUAGGUUUAAACCAUGAACUGGACACCUCAUUCCUGACUGCACAUGCAGAGAGUGUGAUUGAAGGAAUAAUCGAAUGGAGACAAUGAACAUAAUGCAAAUGCACGUAUGCAGUUCGUAAGCUUCUUCUACUUGGACAUAAUUUUAAAUACCUCAUAGUUUUGUGCAGUGUUUAGGAAUAACUUUUUCAUCUAAGACUAUGUUGUAUUUAUGAUAAUCAUACAGAUGAACUACAGAAAGACAGAUUUUAUGAAGAAUGUAUAACAUAUCUGAUAAUACACAUGGGGAUCAGAGAAAAUGCUUUCUGUUGAAUUCUAAAAAUAAAGUAAACAUAGUUUGUA